AUGAACGACAAGACGCUGAUCAACGAGAUCAUAGCGGAGGUGAUGGAGGAUCCAAACGUAUAUGAAAAAGAUCCUCUAGCAACCAAAGACAAAAGUUUCAUCUGUUCUGCUCAAGACUCUGUUGGACUCUAUUUUGUGAGUAAUCGAGCUGAAGCCGAGUCUGCAGUUCAAGACCGAUUUUUAGAGAACGCUGUUGAUUACCCGGACUAUGUCCAUCAACUCUUUAUGGGUGACAGUGAUAUUUAUGGGUACAAAGAUUUGAAAGUGCACGUCUUGUUCUCUGUGUAUUCCCAUCAGAUGUACAUUGACUUUUCAUUCUCACAGAAAAUUGGAGACGCCGAAGACUUAGUUAAGUGCCUUACACAUUUCAUGCCACCACAUCAACGCGUCUUGACAUUUGAGGAGUUUUGUAUGCAAUUAGAAGAUGAGAGGUAUACGAGUAAGCCAAAGGGAGAGAUGAUACAUCACUUUGAGUUAGGGGAUGAGGUCUAUGAGAUCUAUUACGGUACUAUCGAACAAAUGUAUACAUUCUACACGCAACUAUUUCCAUGUAUCACAAUGUUUAUUGAACGAGCGAGUUGUGUGAAUAAAGAGGGUAAGUGGGAGUUCUUCUUUUUGUUCCAAGUGAUCGAGUCGAAAAGUGACAUCACAAAAGUCGAGUACAGAAUCGCUGCGCAGACAAACACAUACAGAUUUUACCACUACCCAGACACGUGGAGACUCAGAAUAGGACAGUUCAUCACAUUCCCAAAUUACCAACGGAAGAAGCUUGGGCGGUAUCUACUGACACAAGUCUAUCUCUUCAUUUUGAAGUCAAAGUGCUACGACUUGACUGUAGAGGACGCUUGUUUAGAGUUCCAGCGCUUGAGGACCUUUGUUGAGAUUAAGAUGCUCGAAGAGAAAAAGUUGAGUCCGCCAGUCGAUGUGAACGCAGACGUCCUCUCCUUGUGUCCAGAAGACUUCUGUGAACUUGCAAGAGCCAAUUGUGGAAUCACCAAAGUCGAGAUGGAAGAGAUGUAUGAGAUGCUUGUAUGGGCGCAGGUCAGAGACAAACCGGAAGUCAUGAAAAAGUUGGCACUUGAACUGAAGAGGAAGGUCUAUUCCGAGACGGUGAAUGAGUUGGACCUUCUCGAUUCGGACGAGAAAAGAAUAGAAAUGAUUGACAGAGCGUAUGCGGCAAAAGUGGCGCAUUUCAAACAAAUAUACAGUGCUCUCGAGUGA